AUCUGCGGGUCGGUGUCUUUUUCUAGCCUGGCGGGGACGGCGUGGGAUAGUCUGCUGUCGAGACUAAGCUUUCAGGGACGUCCGGCGUUUCUGGUUCUCGAGAUUUGUCUUUAAAUAUUUUCUUCUUUCUUUUCUUUUUGGAUAUUCAAGAAGGAGUGGCUUCUGGACAUUCUUCAUUAUGCCUCACCAUCCGGAGAACGACGCAGAUGCGGCUCAGCUGGCUGCAUUGGGUCAUAAGAGUGAAUUGAAUAGGAAUUUCUCGCCGCUGGCAAUGUUGGGUCUGGCAUUCGCAAUCUUGAAUUCCUGGACGGCGCUGGCGGCUUCUCUUAGCUUAGCUUUGCCAAGUGGUGGUCCUACAAGUGUGCUUUGGGGUUUGAUCACUGCUGGUGUUUGUAAUUUAUCCUUGGCUGUCUCUCUUGCCGAGUUUCUGUCAGCGUAUCCAACUGCAGGCGGACAGUAUCACUGGGUUGCCGUCAUCAGUUGGAAGAGAUGGGUUCCUCUCCUCUCUUGGAUUACUGGGUGGAUCAACACCUCAGGUUGGAUCGCCCUCGUCGCUUCCGGUGGACUUCUAGGUUCCCAACUUAUCGUUGGAAUCAUCUCUCUCAUGAGCCCUACUUAUUCUCCCCAGCGCUGGCAUCAAUUCCUAAUUUAUAUCGGUUAUAAUCUUGCUGCCUUUCUAAUCAAUGCUUUCAUGACUGGCGUCCUGCCGUUGGUCACCAGAGGUGCAUUCAUUUGGUCGAUCUUGGGAUUCGUGGUCAUCUCCAUCACGGUGUUAUCUUGCUCCAGCCCAAACUAUUCGAGCGCUGAAUUUGUGUUUACGGAAUUCUUGAACGAGACAGGAUGGCCGGAUGGAAUUGCAUGGUUACUGGGACUUUUGCAGGCUGGACUUGGACUGACUGGUUACGACGCUGUUGCACACAUGAUUGAAGAAAUUCCCAAUCCCGCAGUCGAGGGCCCGAAAAUAAUGAUUGCUUGUGUCGGAAUUGGUAUCUUCACUGGCUUCAUAUUUUUGAUGGUCUUGCUCUUUGUUUCAGGACCACUCGAUGGUCCGGAUGGUGUCAUCUCUUCAGCAGCUGGGCCCUUACUUCAAAUAUUCUACAAUGCUACCGGCAGCAAAGCUGGAUCAAUUUGUCUCUUGAUCUUCCCACUCGUCUGUCUGCUUUUCGCAACCAUCUCCAUUAUGACAACAUCAAGUCGCAUGACUUACGCUUUUGCCCGAGAUGGAGGACUUCCGUUUUCUCGAGUUUUCGCCAAGGUCCAUCCUAAGCUUGAACUUCCACUGAAUGCUCUGUACCUCACCGUUGUUCUUGUUAUUAUUUUUGGUUGCAUUUUCUUGGGAUCUAGCAGUGCAUUCAAUGCCAUCAUCUCAGCAUCCGUCGUCGCUCUCGGCGUCUCUUACGGUAUUCCCAUCGCCAUCAAUUGUAUCCGAGGAAGGAAGAUGCUGCCUGCUUCAAGGGCUUUUAAGCUUGGUGGACUUCUCGGAUGGACCGCUAACUUGAUUGGCCUCUCAUACGUCAUCGUGACCACAGUUCUGUUCCUCUUCCCACCCGACUUACCAGUAACGGGCUCAAACAUGAAUUAUUGCGUCGUCGUAUUCUUCAUCAUAUUAGUCAUUUCAAUAGUCCAAUGGUUCGUCGACGGAAAGAAGAACUUCAGUGGACCGAGAGUCAACAUUGAACAACUGGCCAAUGGCGAAGUUAUGGGUAUGGAGCCUACUAUCUCCGAGGAGGAGUCAGGAAGCUCUAAGAGUAAGGAGGUCAAGUGAAGUGUCUACAAGGGGGCAAAAAGUGUAUAUGAAUUCCAAAAGCAGCAUUCUGUACAGUGUAGAAAUAAACAUACCCAGCGUUCGUUAU